UUCUUGGUCCCAGUUGGUAUGUCCUCAGCUUGCGCCAGUUGUGUAUCUGUCCUGAAGUCGCCGUCUCGGCUCUUCACCACUGCCACUCCAGGUUACCGAUCUGCAGGCCAAAUGGAAUUCUUCAGAGGGUGAAAACACCAGUUUGUUUGAUUGCGCUAGAGAAUGAACAGCAAUACAGAAUGGACGUGGACGGCAAUUGAAUUAACAAGUUGGUGCUUUGGUGAUCAUAUUCGAGAAUCGACAGUAUAUUUCUUUCUGGUGCAUAUUCUUGUAUAUAUAUCUACGGUCACAAAGGCUGAAGCAUCCAUCACCCGAAGCUGAGGAGAGCAGAGAGCAGAGAGCAGGUGUGCCAAUGGGCAGCCAUAGUUUCUCAUACGUGCUGGUGGCUUUGUGCUUGCUUGGGGUCGCGGCGGAGGCGACACAGCUUGCCCCCGCGGUCUUCGUGUUCGGCGACUCGACGGUUGACGUGGGCAACAACAACUACCUGAACAUCACCAAGCAGGCCCGAGCCAAUUACCCCAAGCACGGCGUGGACUUCACCGGCUCGACGCCGACCGGCCGGUUCAGCAAUGGCUACAACUUGGCAGACCAGCUAGCUCAGCAGCUCGGCUUCCCAAUGAGCCCACCGGCGUACCUGUCGCUGACAGCGAAGACCAUCGUUUCGCAGAUGUACAAGGGCAUCAACUUCGCAUCAGGCGGAUCAGGCCUCGGUGACAAAACCGGCCAAGGGGCCGGGGAUGUAAUCCCGAUGUUCCAGCAAGUGCAGUACUUCUCGAAGGUGGUGGCGAUGAUGCAGAAGCUGUCAGGCUCGAGAACAACCAACACUCUCCUCUCCAAGUCCAUCUUCCUCAUCAGCACCGGCAGCAACGACAUGUUCGAGUACUCCUUGUCCGGCGGCAACGGCGACGACCGCGAGUUUCUGCUGGGUUUCGCCGCGGCGUACAGGUCUUACGUGAGGGCGUUGUACCGGCUAGGCGCGAGGAAGUUCAGCGUCGUCAGCAUCACGCCGCUGGGCUGCACCCCGUCGCAGCGGGCCCGCCGGCUGUCGGAGGAUGGCACGCGCGGAUGCUACGGCCCGAUCAACACCCUCUCGCUGCGGUCCUACCCGACGCUCGCCGCGUCGCUCCGGGACCUCGCCGACGAGCUGCCCAGCAUGGCCUACUCCCUCAGCGACUCCUUCGCCAUGGUCUCCUUCAUCUUCGCCAACCCGCGCACGAACGCCUGGAGUUUCACGGAGCUGGAGUCCGGGUGCUGUGGGUCGGGGCCGUUUGGAGCGCUCGGGUGCGACGAGACUGCGCCGCUGUGCAACAACCGCGACGACCACCUGUUCUGGGAUGCCAACCACCCGACGCAGGCUGCGUCGGCCAUCGCCGCGCAGACGCUCUUCACCGGCAACCGGACUUUCGUCAGCCCUGUCAACGUCAGGGAAUUGGCUCUGCUGUGAUUGCGCCCAAAAAGAAAUUUCAAGCUAUUCGGCAGUUUGCAAACGUAAUGAUGUGAUUUGAUCUCUUCCACCUAAUAAUAAACUAUGGCCGGAUCCAUACGAUUGCUCGGUUAGAAGUUGAGGUCGUUUCCACCACGGUCGUGGGCAGAGAUGUACACGGGAGAUCUCUCUGUUCUCGUGUGGUUUUGUAUCAGAAUUCAGAGAUUUCUUUAUACACGGAAAGGAUUUUAAAUUGACAAGAAGGCACUUGUUUGAUUACAGGGAAAAAAAUAAAUCUCUCUCUCUCUCUCUAAUUUCCUUUUCUUUCGCUGAACCGAAUUUUCGAAAAGGAAAAAUUACACCGAAAGUCUCUCAACUUGUCAUCGGGA